AGAUGCAACGCAUCCAAGGUCAUGACCCCGCGACGAUCGUCUCGCCAAGUACAAGUUCACCCCCCGCCCAGCCAAAUAAACCGUUUAAGGCUCGGCGUGCAAGCGGACAUCCUCCGCUUUCCCACCAAACCCAGAUAAUGAAAGCCGUGCGGCGGAGCUCUGCUCUUCCUUCGCUUUCGAUAUCUAUACCUCCUUCUGGAGCUAAGGAUCCUGCUGCGCCAACCGAUGGACCUUCAGGAGAGCUGCAACAGAAAAAAAGGGAGGAACGCACUAAAACGGUGACAUUCUCGGGUCCCGGGGAAGAGGACAACAACGAGGGUGAUUCUUCUGAUCAGUCUUCCAUAUGCCAAUCGCCUAGCUGGGAACAAUACGGCCGGAACAAAAAGAAAAAGCCCAAGAAGGCCGAUGCCGACGAAGGCAAAAAAAUUGCUCCCAAUCCGGCUCCGUCGAGCGAUAUGGCCAAUCCGAAACUUGAUAACAAGCAGAAAAGCAGGGGCUUCUUAUCUGGGUUCCGACUACAGCAUGGGAAUGCAGCCGCCGUUCAGAAGAUCCUUGAUAACCAGCGGGCAAGCAGCGAUGGAAGUCAGCCCGGAGGAUCGCCUAUGUUGAAGACCCCCUCCAUUACGUCGGCCGUCUCAAACUCAACUCGCUCCAUUUCUUCUCUCGACCAGCUGCCACCGAGCGCUCGAAAUUCAUCCGGUUCAAGUCAUGGACGCUCACAAUCAUUGCUCUCGUCCACCUUAAACAAGUUAAAAGGGCCGUCCUACCUUUACUAUCGCCCUUCCGAGAUGUCUAAUGGUAGUAAAUUCCAGCGGCCGAGUAGUUCCCAAGAGCCGGAUGUUUCGACUAGUUGGUUAGACGACCAGCCUACAAAACGACCCGUAGUGCAACAGCCAGAGCGUCAUAAAGAACGCCCAUUAACUUCAGCAGAGUCUAACCAUAAGCUCCCCGAGUUUUCGUUUCCUCCCAAACCCAAGCGCGCGACUACUGAGCCUCCAGUCGAAGUAGUCCCUCGCAGUGCGCGACCUCCUGCCCGUAUAGAAGAUCUUGUGGGCGCUGGUAAUGAAUAUGAGGCACCAGAUCCCAAUUCGUACCGCGGCCGUCGUAUUCAGGUGCCACAUGAUCGCCCACCCACUCGAGAAUUAGCUGUUGAGAGAGAGAGGCGGGCCAGGUUGGAACGUGUACCUAAAGCUCCGAGACAGCCAGUCGACAAUUUGGAAAAUGAUGAGGACAUCCCCCGACAAGCUGAGCAGAUUCGUCGGAAGCUUGAAUCAAGGUACCACGUCAAACAACAAACUAAUGGAUACGUCCAGCCUCAAGUAGAAUCCUGUGGUGAAUAUAAGCAAAGUCCGGAGUUAGCACCUUCCAGUCAACAAGAAUUUGGAAAUAUCAACACUAAGAGACCGAGUCGCCCAGAGGUUGGCCCCGCUAGGGAUGAAGAAGAUGAUGAAGGGUCUAUUGGCACUCAUUCAUCAACAAUCCGACCAGUGUCUCGGAAACAAGAACGCAGUUCCCCUCCGACGGACGGAAGAAAGCACGUUACUUUCCCAUCCAACCCUAACAUGAUCGGAAGGGCUAUUACGUCUAGUUCAUCCGACGAAGAGAUACGACCAGCUACCACAGAGCAACCGAAAUCAGAAAAGCCCGCGGAUGGGGAGGAGGCCAUAUCUUACGAGAAGCCACCAAGGCUAGAUAGGUCCGCUGAUUACUUCUCUUUCGUCAGUCAAUCGUAUGCCCCCCCGUCUCUAGAGCUACGAUCACCCAAUGAGGGCAAAUUUCCAUCGCCACGAAUCGACGAAGAACCUGAAGAGAACGACUUGGACCAUAUACUGCAGCAUAUUCCGGUGAGAAAGGUUAACGAAAUCGGUUCUCCUUCCGAAUACCCGAGCCAAAUUACUAUAUCCAGUUCGAACAACGCCAGUAGGAUUAUAAAACAAAAGCCUGCCAAGAAUUCCCCUUCUAUUUCUUCUCAUUAUUCCGACAGCAACGUGCCGGCGCUUGAACGCUUAGGAAUAUCCCCAAGAGCCGCCAGAAUCCUCGCAGGGGUAGAAACGUCUAGCAUGUCCACUUCUCAAUCAAAUACGGAUCAGAGUCGGACUAACUCAGAGAGGUCCUCAUCCUCCACAUGCGACGAUGCUCCCCCCUCUCCAGUCACGGUCCCGACACCAGAAAGCUUGCGGCUGCGAUUGCAAAAAGAACACAUGAUACCCCAGGUAGACAUAAGCAGAGUUCCGGGGAAGUCAAGCGUGGAUGUUGAGGACGGAACUUCGCGCAGAACAUAUCGACCUCCAACUGUGGAGUUGCCUUCAAAGAGCACAUCGCGGUCUACUACUAGAGAUGCAAUGGUUCAAGACGAUAGCUGGAGCCGGACAGCAUUGCCGAUAGACCUUGAAAAUGACUCUGCUGCAGCAUCUAAAUUGAACGGUAUGGCGUCCAGCCCGCAACUAGUGGGAACUCCUUCUUCGGGCUCAUUUUCGGAAGACGUCAAGGAAAGUCAAGAUGAGGACGACAUUACCAACAGAAAUCCGCACAAGCAGUCCUUACCCUCCAGGGCUCAAUCUGUUCUUGACGCCCGUUCGACAAGCUUCUUGCCGGAUUCCAGUCAUCAGCCCCCACAGCAGGAGAAAGCGAAAGGCGCUAUGAUGUCGGGAAGUUUGUCUAGUUCACCACCAGUAGAAUUAAUUGAAAGGGCCCCUCGAAAAUCCGCGCUGAGGACAUCUCGCAAAAACAGCUCUAACAGUGACGAAUCGUCGGCGGUAGUCUCUUCUGGUGCUGCUUAUCUCCAAGAAGCCCGAAAAGCGGCUCCGAUUCCUCCCGCUUCUACGUCUAGGCCACUGAGACCGCAUUAUGCGCAUAAGAACUCAUCCGCUAGCAUCAAUAAGGUUGGAGGGUCGGAAGGCCGAUCGGAACCCCUGGCCAAAAUGCUAGUGGAGUGCUGCAGCUGCAAGUUCUUUCACGAUAUGCCCUCCAGAGUAUACGAAUGCAUGGCUAAACCUGACUCGCUCGUGGAGGACAAAUUGCUUGGCGUUUCAGCCACCAUCACCACGAUGGUCAAGUGCCCGUGGUGCGGGCAUGGUAUGAGCACCCAAUGUUGCUCUGGCUAUGCUGCGGUGGUUUAUCUCAAAGAAAAGCUUCAUGGGAAAUAAUAUUGGUGAUGGGGCGUGCCGUUUUACCGUGAAAAGAUUUAAUGUCAAAAGUAGCGGCUCCUGAGGAUAGAUCCGAGUCCCUCCUUGGCAAUGUUGGAAGAUACUCUUUUUCCUCAUCUUCUUUGUCACCGGCUACUAAGUUAGCAUGUACCCAUAUUGCAUAUUUCUUUACAUCAAGCAUCAAGCUCGUCUCAAGGAUCCUAUGUAUUGUUGCAUUGUCAAAAUCAGCUUCGGAGCAAAAUAGCUGAAAAAGUUUUGGGGUGUUCAAUUUGUAUAUUGUCUUAAAAUGGAAUGAUACCUGUCUUUUAUGCUUUGUACAAAGGGCGAAGAGCAUGGCAGACCCGGGCUCCUGAUCCGCGUCAUCCGUGCAUAUAUCUAUAUACCAAGCUCUGCUAAGAGAUAGCCAAGCUUGCCAAGAUUCGAUGUGAGGUAGUGUCACAUGACAACGAUGUAUAUAUACUCCUACUCAGUGGAUCUCAAGUAUCGUA